AUGGCGCCGUCUAUAAAGCUCAGCACCAUGGCUACCAGCCUUCAUCGAGCCCACGGCACCUCCGCCCUCCUCCGCGGCCCCCGUCUCUGGGCACCCCGACUCUCCUCCAUCCACGCGACACCCACGAUUGCCAACCUCCGAGCUUCCUUCACCACAUCCUCCCCCCGCCUCUUUGCGCCCAAUGGCAGCGCCAAAGAUGAACCGAAACCCGCACUUUCCACCGUACCCAAGACCACCGGUCGAGGCCCUUCCGAUCCCCUCGCCGCCAUUGAUAAAACCGCGCAGGAACAGCGCAAGGCCGAUUGGGCCAUCAUGAAGGAAAUGUCCAAAUACCUGUGGCCCAAGGGCAGCUGGGGCGACAAGGCACGAGUACUGCUAGCUAUCGGCUUGCUCGUCGGUGGCAAGGUGCUCAACGUCCAGGUGCCCUUCUACUUCCGCGAGAUUGUCGACUCGCUCAACAUUGACUUUUCUACAACGGGCGGGUCUGUCACGGCCGUGGCGGGCGCCAUGAUCCUGGGUUACGGUGCGGCUAGGGUAGGCGCUGUGGUUUCGCAGGAAUUGAGGAAUGCCGUCUUUGCGUCGGUGGCGCAAAAGGCCAUUCGCAAGGUUGCGAGGAACACCUUUGAGCAUCUGUUAAAUCUGGAUCUGAGCUUCCAUCUGUCCAAGCAGACGGGUGGUUUGACCAGGGCUAUCGACCGUGGUACCAAGGGCAUCAGCUUCCUCUUGACCAGCAUGGUAUUCCACAUUGUCCCGACCGCCCUGGAAAUCAGCAUGGUCUGCGGUAUUUUGACCUACAACUUUGGCUGGCAGUAUGCCGCUCUUACGGCCCUGACCAUGGUCAGCUACACGGCCUUCACCAUUCUCACGACAGCCUGGCGCACAAAGUUCCGUCGCCAAGCCAACGCGGCAGACAACAAGGCCUCGACCAUUGCUGUCGAUUCCCUCAUCAACUACGAAGCCGUCAAGUACUUCAACAACGAAGCCUACGAGGUCGGCCGCUACGACAAGGCCCUCGCCCAAUACGAGAAGAACAGCAUCAAGGUCGCCACUUCACUCGCCUUUCUCAACUCGGGUCAAAACAUCAUCUUCUCCUCCGCCUUGACGGUCAUGAUGUACAUGGGCGCCCACGGCGUCGCUACCGGCCAGCUCACCGUCGGCGACCUGGUCUUGAUCAACCAGCUCGUCUUCCAGCUUUCCGUCCCGCUCAACUUCCUCGGUUCCGUCUACCGCGAAUUGCGCCAGUCCCUCCUCGACAUGGAAACCCUCUUCAACCUUCAAAAAGUCAACGUGACCAUCAAGGAGCAACCCAACGCCAAGCCCCUCGCUCUCACCCGCGGCGGCGAGAUCGAGUUCAAGAACGUCACCUUCGGCUACCACCCCGAGUCGCCCAUCCUGCGCGAUCUAAGUCUCACCAUCCCCGCCGGCAAAAAGGUCGCCAUCGUCGGGCCUUCCGGGUGCGGCAAGUCCACCCUUCUCCGUCUGCUGUUCAGGUUCUACGACCCCCAAAAGGGCGCCAUCUACAUUGACGGCCAAGACAUCCGCUCCGUCACCUUGGAGUCUCUCCGUAGAGCCAUCGGCGUCGUCCCGCAGGACACGCCCCUCUUCAACGACACAGUCGAGCACAACAUCCGCUACGGCAACCUAUCCGCCACACCGGAGCAAGUCAUCGAAGCCGCCAAGGCCGCGCACAUCCACGAGAAAAUCAUUUCCUGGCGAGACGGGUACAACACCAAGGUGGGCGAGCGUGGACUAAUGAUUUCCGGCGGCGAGAAGCAACGAUUGGCUGUUUCGCGUCUCAUCUUAAAGGACCCACCGCUGUUGUUCUUUGACGAGGCGACGAGUGCGCUGGAUACGCAUACGGAGCAGGCGCUGAUGGAGAAUAUCAAUGCCAUUCUUAAGGGUUUGGGCCAAAAGGGGGAGAAGAAGACGAGUCUGUUUGUGGCGCAUCGGUUGAGGACGAUUUAUGAUUCGGAUUUGAUUAUUGUGUUGAAGGAAGGGAGGGUGGCGGAGCAGGGCACGCAUCGGGAGUUGAUGGAAAGGAAUGGCGUGUAUGCGCAGUUGUGGAGGGCGCAGGAGAUGUUGAUGACGGAGGAGGGGGAGGUCAAGAAGGGGGAGAAGGAAGUGGUUGAGAAGAAGACGGCGUAAUGGGGGGAAAUGGGAAAGGGGGUGGAGGGGAGAGGAGAGGAGAUGAGAUAUAUAGAUGGGGCACUUUUUCUUGCAUAGAACUCUUGGACAUACCUACACACAUACAUAUAUAGUUUUGGUCUGGAGGAGUUCAAAAUCGACUUUUGAUACCUUU